AUGGCGGGUGGUAAUCAUACGCCGACCUCCAGUGAAGGAAAGGCCAUAUUCCAGGAGUCCGAUAUAUCUUCGCAAUCAUCCAAACAUGGCGCAUCAACCGGUGCAGGAUCUCACCUCGAACAUCCUGGCACUCAACCACCCCGCGCAAACCGUGUAGCACGUUUCCCAUCUGGCGAUAAUGAAAAUGCAGUAACGAAUGUCAGAGAGUCCGACAAAAUCGAGAUUAGCGAAGAAGAUUGUUGGAGCCAAUUGGGAUACUCUUUUCCUACCUGGAAAAAAUGGAUGAUUCUGUCGGUUAUUUUCAUGGUUCAGGUUUCCAUGAACUUCAACACCAGUUUAUACUCAAACGCCAUAGGCGGCAUCGUUGACGAAUUUGGUGUCAGCGCACAAGGUGCAAGAGCUGGUGCUAUGAUUUUCUUGGUGCUAUAUGCAUUCGGUUGUGAAUUAUGGGCUCCGUGGUCUGAAGAAUUGGGUCGCAAACCUAUCUUACAAGCUUCUCUAUUCUUAGUCAACAUUUGGCAAAUUCCGGUUGGAAUUGCUCCCAACUUUGCCACUAUCAUGGUUGGCCGUGCGCUUGGUGGUCUCUCAUCGGCAGGUGGUUCCGUUACUUUGGGUAUGAUUGCCGAUAUGUGGGAAUCAGACGAUCAACAAUACGCCGUCGCAUUUGUAGUAUUCUCAUCUGUUGGUGGAAGUGUUUUGGGUCCCGUUGUUGGUGGUUUCGUCGAAGCUAAUUUGGCUUGGAGAUGGAAUAUCUGGAUUCAACUUAUCUUUGGCGGUGCCGUUCAACUUCUUCAUUUACUUCUUGUACCCGAGACUAGAUCGACCAUCAUGAUGGAUAGAAUCGCCAAGAAGAUGCGAAAGAGUGGUGAAAACCCAAACAUUUACGGUCCAAACGAGAUCACGCCAUUUAAGGAAAGAUUAUCCAUUAAAGAGACCUUGGUUACUUUCGUCAGACCUUUCAAGAUGUUCUUGACAGAGCCAAUCGUCUUGACCUUGAGUUUGUUGUCUGGUUUCUCUGAUGCACUCAUCUUCAUGUUCAUUCAAUCCUUUUCUCUUGUGUACAAACAAUGGGGCUUUGGAACUGUCGAACUUGGUCUCUCUUUCCUUCCUAUUCUUGUGGGAUACUUCAUCGCUUGGUUCGCAUUCAUUCCCGCCAUCAAACGCAAUAUCAAACAACGCGCCAAUAAACCAGAUGACGAACACGCUCAAUUCGAAUCUAGACUUUGGUUCUUGCUCUACACGGCACCAUGCUUGCCAAUUGGUCUUAUUGGUUUUGCCUGGACUUCCACAGGUCCACCAAUUCAUUGGAUCGGUUCCUCAAUCUUCGCAGCGAUUGUCGGUAUUGCCAACUAUAGUAUCUAUAUGGCCACAAUUGAUUAUAUGAUUUGUGCCUAUGGACCAUAUUCAGCUUCUGCUACAGGUGGAAAUGGAUGGUCGAGAGAUUUCUUAGCCGGUGUUUUGACAAUCCCUGCUACUCCUUUCUUCCAGAACAUGUCAUCUGACCCAUCGCGCUCACUUGCUUACGCCUCUACCAUUCUUGCAUGUAUCUCCUUUGUCCUCGUGAUCGCCGUCUAUGUCAUUUACUGGAAAGGACCUGUCCUCCGCAAACGCUCACCUUUCGCCCAACAACUAUCUGACGCCAAAGCUGCCCACAACGAUAUCGUCCAUGAGAAAGGAAGCCAUAUCGGUGAAGGAUCAACAGCGGUAGAUGGAACUCAUCUAUCAAGAAUGCCAACCGGAGCCAGAGCAAGAAGUUUCGCUCGCAGUCAACAAGAUCUUAGAGUAAGACAAAAUACGGGAAGCAGGCCGCAUAGUACACAUGAGAAGAGCAAUCCAAACUCCAGGGUAAACUCUAGAGCGAACAGCCCAAUUAGGAGGGACAUGGCGGAAGCAAAUCAUGCAGCGGCAAUUCAGGAAGCGAUGAAUCAUGAUCGCAAUGACUUGAAUGAGAAGAGUAUGGUUUAG